UCUGCAGCCACAUCUUUAGAUACUCUAAGGUCAGAGGAUGGUUGGUCUGGGUUAAUAAUUAGCCAGGUGUGGUCAGCUGACUCUCACAGGGGCAUAUAUACACUCAGCUCUGCCCACAAACGCUCUCCGGCAACAAAGAUAUUGACGGACCUGAACAUGUGGGGAAAAGCUAUCUGUAGUGUGAUCGCGGCUGUGCUGCUGUCCGUGGUGUGUGCCGCCCCUCACGAGGGGGAUCAUGGGGGCCACAGCGAGGACCACCACCAUCACCUCCACCACGGCCCCAACGAGCCCCACCACUCCCAUGGACAAGGGGAGGAUGCCUGCCACAAGCUCGCCCCCCACAACGCGGACUUCGCCAUGGCGCUCUACAGAUCCCUGAGUGCCAAGGCUGACGGCAAAAAUGUAUUCUUCUCCCCCCUGGGCAUCGCCACCGCACUCUCCAUGCUGUCGCUGGGAGCCAAGGGCGAGAGCCACAGCCAGAUCUUCUCCACACUGGGAUACUCCGCGCUGACCCCGGAGCAGGUCAACAAAGCCUACGAACACCUCCUCCACAUGCUGAGUCACGCUAAGGACACCAUGCUGCUGGACAUGGGGAACGCCCUGGCCGUGAGGGACGGCUUCAAGCCCCAGGAGAAGUUCCUGAACGACGCCAAGCACUUUUACUCCAGCGAGGCCUUCAAUGUCGAUUUCAAGAACACGGAGCAGGCUGCGGCUCAGAUCAACAAGUUCAUCGCUCAGAAGACGCAGGACAAGAUCACGGACCUGGUGAAAGAGCUGGACCCUGACACCGCCAUGGUGCUGAUCAACUACGUCCUCUUCAGAGGAAAGUGGGAGAAGCCGUUUGAAGCUAAACUGACAAAGAAGGCCUCCUUCCAGGUGGACCAGAACACCAAGGUUGAGGUGGACAUGAUGAAGAAGACGGGCCGCUAUGACUUCUUCCAAGAUCCAGACAACUUCACCAGCGUCAUCAUGCUGCCCUACAAAGGCAACACCUCCAUGAUGGUCAUCCUGCCCGAUGAAGGCAAGAUGAAGACUGUGGAGUCGUACCUCAACAAGGACUACAUCAAGCACUGGCACAACUCAAUGUUCAGAAGCUCUGUGGAUUUGUUCAUGCCUAAGAUCUCCAUCUCUGCCUCCUCCUCGCUGGGCGAAAUUCUAAAGAACAUGGGCAUGGUGAAUGUCUUCGCAGACACAGCGGACUUCUCUGGCAUCUCCGAGGAGACCAAACUGAAGGUGUCCAAGAUUUCACACAAGGCCGUGCUGACUGUUGACGAAACCGGCACUGACGCAGCCGCUGCCACCACCAUCGAAAUCAUGCCCAUGUCGCUGCCCGACACCAUGAACCUAAACAGGCCCUUCCUGGUCCUGAUUGUUGAAGACUCCACCAAGAGCAUCCUGUUCAUGGGGAAGAUAUCUGACCCCACAGCUAACUAACCUGACCAGUCACCUGGGGAGGCCACCUGACCACAGACAACCACCAGACAAGAUGUCCAGCUGUGGUGUUGUAGUACAGAACACAUCUGUAACUUUAUAACUUUUGUUUUUGUAACAUCUUCUAUAGUAUUGGAAAGUCAAGAAUAU